GGAUCUGUGUGUAUUUCCGCAGAAAGUGUUUAUUAUAUUAGGAAAUGGCGAGAAUAGCUACUUUUCACUUAAAAGCUCACGACCGAGAGUUUAUCUAAUAUUUUGUUUGUGUGAACUUGAUUUCAAACUCAUGAGAAAGUAGAGCAAAACCGCCGACUACCCAGGCGUAGUAAUUCACCAUUCGCAUUGUGGGUUCUUCCCCUUUUUCAAGUAAAUGGGAGAAUACCGACCGUUACUAUGGAUCCUGGUCCUCACACUUUAUAUUCGGUCUCCGAUUCACAGACUAUGAUUAUUCCCUUGGAUGAAACGAAUUUAUCAAUCUUUGGGACGCCUGUAACCGAUUCCUCUUCAUUUGAUCGGUUCAUCAACGAUUCAUCUGCUGCGUCGUCAGUUAACCCGGCCAUUGACGGCACCACAGCCCGUCUACAUUCGCCACCAUCUCCACCUGGAUCUGCUCCAUCAACCAAGGCGACUCUUAAAUAUAAAAAGUGUCGAAAGAAGCACAUCCAAAGCUCCACGGCAUCUGCAAACCGCCUUCCGAGGACUUACAACUGUGACCUAUGCACUGAAAAGUUCCAUCUUCCAAGCCUUCGUCGUCUACACAGAGAGACUGCUCAUUCGUUGCCGAAGCCUUUCAAGUGCGAGAAGUGUCCUAAGCGAUUCAACUCCGAAGAGAACUGUAGAAUCCAUGUUGCCAGCCAUUUGGAAGCACCAGCUGCAUGUCCUGAGUGUGGUGCUUGUUUUCAACGUUCGACACGCUAUCGCAGCCAUCUGAAAACUCAUAUGAGGAAUGAAGAUCUCUAUUGCGAGGAAUGCAACCAGAAUUUCGAGAAUGAGAACGUGUUUUGGCGGCAUAUUGAUAUGAAGCAUUCUCACAGUACAAUGGGCGUUGAGUACGAUGAUUUGACCGGGGGAAUUAUGCGGAAGGGUAAUGUUGGCAGCUCGGCAAUGGGCGAGGAAAUAGGGAGAUUUCAGUGCAAUAUUUGCGAAAAGUCCUUUACGAGGUCCAGCAAUUUAACGAGACAUCUUCUGAUUCACACGAAAACUAAACAUUAUCAGUGUACGAAAUGCUCGAUGAACUUUACCCAGAAAUCCACUUUGCGGCGACAUUACCUUAUUCAUUCCGGGGCAAAAGAAUUCAAAUGUCCAAAGUGUUCUGCACGAUUCUCACAACGUGGAAAUCUCGAAAUUCACAUGCAGCGCGUGCAUCCUAGCAAUCCAGAUUUAACUAACAAAUUCCCAUGCCCGGAUUGUAGUUGUGUAUUCAACAAACUGAACAGUCUUAAUCGCCACUCAGCCAAAAUGCAUUCCACUAAACUAUCAACAAUUCAUGAGAAUAACGACGAAGAUUCUGAAUGCAAUUUCGAUCAAAUCAUGGCAAAAUUACGGACUAUUGCCAUGCCCGAUACCACAUCGGAUAAUUGUUCAUUAUUCCCCAAUGGAAAAGUUAGCAGCCCCGUAAUAGGGUCUGUGGGAAUGAUUGGGGAUGAUGUAUUGACCGCAAGUGAUGCUGAUUGUGGCUAUGUGAAGAUUGUCGAAACCCUGAAUUCGGCCAAAGAAAAGUCAGAGGUGGUUGUGAAGCAAGUUGAAGGUGAAGACGGGAGGAAGUACUAUUGCUGUGAUAUUUGCUCGAAACGGUUCCAAAGACCUCAUGAUCUGCUGAAACACAGUCGAGUGCAUACUAACGAGAAACCAUAUGAAUGCGGCAUUUGUGGCCGUUGCUUUGCCAUAAAUAGUAACCUUCAAGUCCACUUACGAAUUCAUGGGAAGGACAGCGAACGGAUCACAAAUUGCUUCCAAUGCCCAAAAUGUUUUGUACAAUUUAGCUCAUUGAGACAGCUUGAUAUUCACGCCAAAAUCCAUAAGGACUCGAAACUGUUUCCCUGCAAAAUAUGUAACAAACAUUUCAGUAGUUCAAGCAAUUUACGAAUACACGAGUACACGCAUCGGCCAAAAGAUCCAGCUGAAUUGGAGGCAAGAAAAAAUUUGAAGGGUCCGAUGUUACUAACUGAAUCAAUGGGUCUGGAAAGUCCAGCGGAAGAAUAUCGACGUUUCCAGUGUUCGAUUUGUGGGUUGAAAUUCAAACGACCAGAUCAUUUGAUGCAGCACGAAGGGAGCCAUGCUGGCGCAAAACCACAUCAAUGUUCUGUUUGCUUGAAGCAAUUCACUACCCUCAGUUCUCUACGUAGGCAUCAAGAGAUUCAUACCGGACAGAAAACAAAGCAGUGUGAUAUGUGUGACGCCAAAUUCCAUUCUAAUACGGAACUCAAAAGACACCAAUCUGUUCAUAGUUCGGCCCGACCGUAUCUGUGCCCAUAUUGUCAGAAAUCGUUCAAAACAAGGGAAAGAUGCCGAGUCCACAUUAAAACGCAUGCGAAAGAUUUGAAAGUAAACGAAGAAAAUCCAAAUUGUGCGGAAGAAUCUAUGCAUGAUUAUGUUAACCAUACGAGCGAUGCGAAUGGAGCAACCGAGUUGGAUACGAAUUUCAUAGAGACUGAUAACAGUGUGUAUCUUAAUCUUGAUGAUUCUCUGAUUCAAAGUAAUGCAGUUGAGGAUGUAGUGGAAGAUGUCCCUUCAUUUACAGCGCAUGCAGAACGUGUGAAUUCAUCGAAAUUUAUUGAUAUCAAAGAACUGAUCCGUAAAAAGUCUACAAAGGCACUUGCAAACACAAUUACUGUUCAUUCUAUUGAAGAGUUUCCUCCUCCUAUCGACCCUCCUCAAUCUACUUCAGAUAAUUCAUCAGUCAGAAAGAAUCCUUGUGAAAAAUGCGGACGAUCAUUCCAAAAACCUAUCGAUCUUAGACGGCACCUGAGAACGCAUACUCAAGAACGACCGUUUGAAUGCAAUGUCUGCCACGCAUUCUUCAAAUUAAAGUGCACAUUAGAUACUCAUAAACGAGUACAUGAGGAGAAUCGAGCCAAGUUCGAUUGCCAAGUUUGUGGGAAAUCUUACAGCUCAGCGGAUGUCCUGAAAGUCCACAUUCGCGUGCAUACAAACGAACGACCGUAUAAGUGUAAAUAUUGUGAUAAGACAUUCCGGACGACUGGCCAUAAUAAGGUGCAUAUGCGAACACAUCUUAAAUCAGCGCAGAAUUUGGCGAAUGUUCAGAGGAGGGAGGAAGGAAGGUGAUAAAGAGGUGCAAUGGUCUGAUAUAUCCUUGUAAUAGUGGUAUUUGAAUUUCAUUAUUUGAUUGAGACUAUUUUGAAUAUUAAAUGCUAAUAUUAGAAGAAAAGUGUUUAUAUUGUAUUGAUCUAUUAAGUAUUUGUAUAUAGAUAGAGU